GUUGUAUCAACAUGUUUGAAGCAUAAUCAGUGGUAAUAGAAUGAACUGUACAUAUGAAACGCGGUCAUAAACAUAAAAUUGUAUGGCUUAGAUAACUAAACAACAUUCACAUGUCCGUGCGGUCUUAAGGUACUGCCCUUUGACACCUGUUCCGGUAAAUUCACCUAACUUGCCCAGACAUGUAAAAAUCGUCCUGUAUGCAGACUGGACGUUUGGUGGAAUAUCUAGGUUUUGUAUAUAGGAUUUGCAGCGUAAUAAUGUGCCAAUAUGAUAUCAAAAGCCUCCCUGAUAUUGUUUGUCCCGGCUUUUGUCAUCGGUGCUGAGUCGACAAGUCAAGACAAGCGUCCCGAAAAAUGGCGUCACAUCGAUCCGCUAUCUGGCACCAUUCUGUUCUGUGACUGGUGCGAGCCAGGUUUUUAUAUGAACAGGGUAUGCACGGAACGGACUGCUACUGAGUGUCUACCCUGUCCAUGGGACGAGUACACGGAACACUAUAACCGAGAAUAUGAGUGUCGGCGUUGUUCGGACUGCCGCCGCGAACAUGAACAUGUUAAGAUAGAAUGUUCGGCUACAAACAACAGGAUAUGCCAAUGUGACGAUGGUUACUACAGACUGUUUGAGUUCUGCCUUCUUCACAAAAAGUGUCCAAUCGGGCACGGCGUAACAAAGCAAGGCACACCGGAGAAGGACACGAAAUGCAGCCGGUGUAAGACGGGUACGUUUUCCAGCACGAUAUCUGCCACGGAGCCGUGCAGAAGUCACACCAACUGUAGUGUGUGGGACGAGUGUGUGGUGCGCAGGGGAAACCGUAGGAUGGACAACUUGUGCGGCACGUGUGUAACAAAUGGAACAGUUGCCAACGCAAGGGGCACCAAUACACCGGAAACUGUUGACAAUGCGACAAUCGCUACAGGUAAGCGAACAUGACUCAUUGUUGUAUUUCAUGCAAAUAAUUAUAUUCAAAACAUUUGAUGUUACAAGACUA